AGGAGCCAGUGUCUUCUCGAAAAUUGAUUUGCGGUCUGGCUAUCAUCAGCUGAAGAUCCGGGAGUCGGAUAUUUCUAAGACUGCCUUCCGUACCCGUUAUGGCCACUAUGAGUUCUUCGUUGUCAUGCCAUUCGGUCUCAGUAAUGCUCCAGCGGUUUUCAUGGACCUGAUGAACCAUAUUUUCCAUCCCUGCCUCGAUCAGUUUGUUAUUGUCUUUAUUGACGAUAUUCUUAUUUACUCGAAGAGCCAGAAGGAGCACGAGGAGCAUCUGAGGGUGGUUCUUGAAACCCUCAGACGAGAAAAGUUUUUUGCAAAAUUCUCUAAAUGCGAGUUCUGGCUCCAACGAGUAGCCUUUUUGGGUCAUGUUAUUACUCAGGCAGGUAUCGAGGUGGAUCCUUCCAAGGUCUCAGCGGUUCAGAACUGGUCGACACCGAGGAGUCCGUCCGAGGUUCGCAGUUUUCUCGGUCUAGCUGGUUACUAUCGCAGGUUUAUUGAGGGAUUUUCAAAAAUUGCCCUCCCUCUAUCCCAGCUGACGAGGAAGUAU